UCAGGCCUGUCAUUUUCAUCAGCUCAAAUCAGCUGUAAUUUAUCAACACAAAAUCUAUUUUUAAAAUCACAGUUUUAAAAUAUUUUCAAAAAUAUCUUCGAAUAGGAAAAUUUCUAACUAAACCUUGAUCCAUAAUAAGUUGUGUGGAGUAGAAAAUUUGAAAUUUACCGAGCCAUGGCUUCCGAGGCCGGGGUGCCUGUGGAGCUGUACAUCUACGACCUCACCAACGGCAUGGCGUCUUUGCUCUCCCCUGCUAUUAUUGGCCGCCAGAUAGAGGGCGUGUGGCACACAUCGAUCGUGGUAUACGAGCGGGAAUUCUUCUACGGCGGCAGCGGAGUCACCAGUUGCGCUCCUGGCGGCACGCAGCUGGGCCCGCCGCACCAGACGGAGCGGCUGGGCGAGACCUUCGUGCCCUUCCAGGUGUUCGUGGACUACAUUCAGGGGCUCGCCACGACUUCCUACACGCCGUCCGCCUACCGGCUGCUGGAGCACAACUGCAACCACUUCAGCGAGGAGGUGGCGCAGUUCCUGUGCGGCGCGCACGUGCCCAAGCACAUCGUCAACCAGCAGGAGCACCUGCUGUCGCCGCCGCAGCGCCUCGCCGUGCAGGCGCUGCUCGACAACCUCGUGCCGCACUCCACGCAGGUACUCACGUGCCCGAGCACAUCGUCAACCAGCAGGAGCACCUGCUGUCGCCGCCGCAGCGCCUCGCCGUGCAGGCGCUGCUCGACAACCUCGUGCCGCACUCCACGCAGGUACUCACGUGCCCGAGCACAUCGUCAACCAGCAGGAGCACCUGCUGUCGCCGCCGCAGCGCCUCGCCGUGCAGGCGCUGCUCGACAACCUCGUGCCGCACUCCACGCAGGUACUCACGUGCCCGAGCACAUCGUCAACCAGCAGGAGCACCUGCUGUCGCCGCCGCAGCGCCUCGCCGUGCAGGCGCUGCUCGACAACCUCGUGCCGCACUCCACGCAGGUACUCACGUGCCCGAGCACAUCGUCAACCAGCAGGAGCACCUGCUGUCGCCGCCGCAGCGCCUCGCCGUGCAGGCGCUGCUCGACAACCUCGUGCCGCACUCCACGCAGGUACUCACGUGCCCGAGCACAUCGUCAACCAGCAGGAGCACCUGCUGUCGCCGCCGCAGCGCCUCGCCGUGCAGGCGCUGCUCGACAACCUCGUGCCGCACUCCACGCAGGUACUCACGUGCCCGAGCACAUCGUCAACCAGCAGGAGCACCUGCUGUCGCCGCCGCAGCGCCUCGCCGUGCAGGCGCUGCUCGACAACCUCGUGCCGCACUCCACGCAGUCGGUGUACGCGAACGGCGUGCGCCACAGUCGCCAGGACAGCCCUGAGUACCUGACGCUCAACAACCAGAUAGAGGAGGCGAGAGUACAGUCGGCCGAGCUGGAGCAGCGGCGCAGCACGCUGGCGGAGAAGCUCGCGCGCAAGGAGCGCAAGAAGGAGAAGAAACGCAAGAAGCAGCACGCGGCCGGCGACCACGACCCGGACGGCGCAGACAUGGCCGAAGCGGUGGAGGCGCUGCCGCGCGAGGAGGAGGUGUCGCGCGCCGGGCCGUCGUCGGCCGCCGUGGCCGCCGCCGCCGAGCUGCUGGCCGAGCCGCGCGCCAAGCCCCGCGACCCGCCCAUCGUCUUCAACGACGUCGACGGCCCGCGCGAGUACGAGCGGCUGGCGCGCGCGCUGGAGGGCGCGGCGCUGGGCGCGGAGGAGCGCGCCAGCCUGGACGAGCUGCAGCAGUACCUCGUGCUGGGCGAGGGCAGCUGGGUGCUCGGCGACGAGUUCCUCGCCUUCGUCGGGCGACUCCUGAACGACGAAACGCUGAGCGAGGAGGUGCGCGUGGCGACGCUGUCGUGCCUGGCGGCGUGCGCGCUGCGGGACGACGUGUCGCUGCUGCUGCACCAGGACCGGCGCCACCACGCGCUGCUGUCCUACGCGCACUCCAUCGACGCGCGCCCGCUGCCCGAGCAGCGCGCGCUCGCACGCCUGAUGUGCAACUUGUUUGAGAACAUCUCGUCGUCCGAGUGGCUGCUCUACAUCAGCGAAUGGGAUUCCAACGGAGUACCGCUCUCGAACAUUCGCGCCACCACCAAGGUGUGCGUGCACAGCUGCCUGAGCGAGGACGCGGAGCUACGUGACGUGGGCACGGCGCUCAUGUACAACGUGGCCACCAAGGAGGUAAAGACCGUGGUGUUCGACGAGGUGUGCGUGGAGCUGGCGAUGGCGCUGCUGCAGCUGCUGCAGUGCGCGCCGGCCGAGGAGCACCUGUUCCGCGCGUGCGCCGCGCUGGCACGCCUGGCCGCACACUCCAACGAGGUGCCGCAGCUCAUCGCCAUCGUCGGGCCCGACCCCGCCGCCUACAGAGGAACGAGCCCGCGCAUCGACGAGCAGAUAGACCUGAUCAUGAAGCGCGUCAAGUAGAGCGCGGAAUUUCGCCGCCAUCGCUCGCCGCACGCUUGGGCGCUAGCUUCCACCGCGUUGCAGCGCCACCUUUGUAGCUUCUCCAAGGACUACACACAUCCAUUUGACCUCCAUAGAUAACUCAAAUUCGAAAACAAAGAAAAGCAAAUCAGAAGAAGUGAAAAUCCGUUCGCAUUUGUGGCUAAGAAGCCAAGCAGCCCGGCGCCGGCGGGCGGCGUGCGGCGCUCGCUCGGAGACUAAUAGAUUGAUAAGUACCUAACAUUAAGUUUUACGACUUGAUACGCUGCAAUCCAGUUAAUUGAUACACUUAAUGAAAUAAUGAUUAAUUUGAACAUAAAUUAUAGAAUCUUUAGGUACUAGGUAUGACUAGAAUGUUUUGAGCGAAGUACGAGUAUUACCUAGAUGUUUGUCUUAUUUUACAAACUGACUACAAUUUUAAUUUAAAAGAUAUUUUGACAUAGACAAAUUAACUUCGCUUUUCUUUUAUUAUAUUGAAGUAGUAGGUACAUUUUAGUACGAAAAACAUCAAAUCAUGAAAUUAUACAAAUUUGAACAUUUUUAAAUGCUAAUAGCACAUUUGUACCCAAUAGAUUAAGAGGUGCUUUCCGCAAAGCAUAAAUUAAUUGCUUAAGUAUGAACGGUAGCGUAUUUUCGUCUUCACCGAGUUUUUUGCAAGUCCUUCGAUACCUAAUUAAUCUUUGUCAGUGAUUAGGUUUGACUUCAAGGAUAAUUAAUUACGUCAGUCGACUGAAUUUUAAAUAUUUCUAGGUAAUGAAAUUUUAGUGAAACUUCCUAUAGAUCUUUUCAAUGAAGAUGGUUACCUAAUGACUGUAUAACUGUAUUGCAGUGUGGCCAAAGAUUAAUAUUAUCAAAUAUGUAUUACAUUAAAAUGACAGCUUGGAAAUCAGACUCGCACGCGUCCGCUGCAGAAGCGCGGCGUACUCGUGAUGUGUCCGUGUUUUUUAUCAUAAAGAAAACAUGAAUGUCAUUUGAUUUGUACCGCUCCUUAUUCGGAGGCUCACGCGGCAGGCGGGAGUCGGCGCGGGCUAUGACGCGUACGUGCACAUGCACAGUGCUCACUUGACUCAGUAAACAAUCGCAUUUAGCUACUGCAGUGGGCGCCAAAUUCGACGUCGUUUGGGGGUGACGAACUUAAAUAAUUAUUGUGAAUUGAGAAAAAACACCGUUAUUCACUUAUGUUAUGGAUAUGAAAUGAUUAGCUUCGUUUAAAAAACAUCUAAUCAAGUCCAAGAAGAAGGAAAAUGAUCAAGCAAAUAUUAGCGUUUACCCGUAAACGUCACCGUGAAUUCACCAUUACAAUGAUACGUCUAUUUUGCAGUACAAUAAUUGAAGAGCAAUAAAGUAAAUUAUAAGGAAGCACCCUGUGUAUACUAGUUAGGGUGCUGCCCGGGCGGAGGCGCGGUGCCGGGACUUGUACAUAGUGUUAGUCUGUAGUCAUGCGCUGGCUGGAUACACAAUACACAUGACAAGUAGAAUAGCUCUCUUUGAGAAUUAGGAAAAUUGAGUAUCCGCACUGUAGAUCCAAGAUCAGACCUGCGCACACGCCGCGCAGCCGGACUUAGCGUAAGUACCUGAGGGGCCUUGUAUUAUAGUAUAAUAUACCUAGAGUUGUACCAUAGCGUUGUUGUAUUAUUUAUAUAUGAUUUAUUAGUUAUGUUUAUAGUAAUGUACAAUGAUGUUAUGUAUUUAUAUUAUUUAUCAGUUGCUAGCACUAACACCAGGUGACUGUGGUGCAUUUACAUGUAAUUUAGACAUAAAAGUGGACGAAUGUAUUGCAAUAAAAUUGUUGUAUACUGA